AAAUAUACACAAUAAAGCAUCAUUCAUUGGUUUAUUUACUGAAAUAUGCACAAUAAAGAAUCAUUCAUUGGUUUAUUUAUUAAAAUAUGCACAAUAAAGCAUCAUUUAUUUCUGGUCCCAACAGGAUCCUAGUUGUAGGUCCUGAUGCGGUCGUAGCCUCGUCUAAUCUGCGCCAUGGGAGGGAAAGAUUAAAGGAUUUGUAUCCUGAACUCCAAAAAUAAUCUUUGUCCUUAAGCAGCCACCGGACUUCAAAGUAAAACAAGCGCCAUGGGGGCACGCUGAGUAUUUUACCCCCUGAUCUUUAGACAAGCACGCCAGAAGCCGUGAUUUUCCCUACUGGCGUCUAUCAAUGUGAUUAUCCAAUAAAAGACAUCCGCCAAUGUUGAUGUGUGUGGGGGGGGCUGGAAUCAGUCAUGUUUGGUCGUGGUCGUAGUACUUACUUUAUUCAACUAUUUUUUGUCUCUUUAUUCACGUUAUCAUUAACUUUAUUUGCAACUUGGUUUGAAGUGCUCAUGACACCAAAAAACAGUGGAAAAAAAUACAAUGAAAAUACACACCUUAAGAACAUGUUGUCAUAUUGCUCUCAUAACUAUAAAAUACCAAAAAACAGUGGAAAAAGGCAAAUAUUCAAGUACACAUCGAACACAGGAAAUAUGCCUUUCAAUGUUCUUUUAUCACAAGAUGAUGUUUUGGUGUGAUUGGAACCGGCUUGCUUCACACUCACACCAACACAGCGCCUUCGAAAUGGGAGACGAGAGCACUGACCGUUGGGCCAAAAGCCUGACUGUUAACCAGCGGCUGAGCUACGGGGUGGCCACCCUUGGUCACUCUCCGGCCACCCCAACGGCUGGGAGACAAUUUUGACACAUGCAGCUUCUGUGGUGCAGAACAUUAGUUCCGCCUAAGUGCCGUUUCCGCAUGGACACAUUUCACUGCGGGACACAAGUUCCCGUGUGGAGAAGCUUCCAAUAAAAGAGUGUCUUGCAUGAACUGCAAGCGGUAGGUAAGUUGAUAGCACUGAUCUCUAUAACUGGAAUGGCCCCGAUCGCUUGCUGCGCAUUGGAGCCUUGAAGCCACCGGAAGUGUAGAAGUCGCCAUGUUGUUUCACCCAAAACAAGAAAGCCUAACAACUAAGAGGAGUUGGAGAUGCCGUCUUGUGCUGCUAUUAAUUGCACAAAUCGUGAUACUCGUGAAAAUGGCGACAAGGGACUUACAUUUCACAGGUAGGUAAAUGUAUAAAAUAGAUACUUUAAAUCUGUAAGCAUCUUUUCAUCUAAGUAGUUGUAAAUGAGCCCUUAUUCUCCUUUAGAUUUCCUCACUGCAAUGUUCAACUUCUAAAGCAAUGGGUAGUAAAUAUGCGGAGAGACAGGUGGAUUCCUGCAGCCAGAUCGCAACUCUGUUCAAGUCAUUUCACCGAGGAGAACUUGGACAGGACCGGCCAGACUGUUAGAUUAGGACAAAAUGCAGUUCCAACAAUAUUUGACUUUCCUGAUCAUCUUCUAAAGGUAUGCUAGCAUUUAACUUUGAUACUACGUAGAUCCUUAUCAUAACAAAUACCUUGUGAACACUGAAAUUUUGAGAUUUGAGUCUAGUACAUUUACUCUGUUUCAAUGGAAUUUUUGUUAAUUCGUGUUCAUUUUUAUACCGAAACAUAAUAAAUGUAGUGAAUGAAGAUACAUGUAUGUGUGUGCUUUUUUGGGUGAAGCAAGAUGGCCGACCAACGGCUUCAUGCGGUCAGCAGGGACGCCCCUUCCAGUCGUAUACAGGUAGAGUUCAGUGAUCAACGUCGCCGCCAUGUUGGAUGUGUCGAGGUACUUUCAUAAAGCCCCUUUCUACUAAGAAAGUGAAGCUUGUGUAUACAUUCACACACGCACCAAUACAAGUGUAUCAGUGCGUGUGUGAAUGUAUAAAUGAGAGGCUACAACUGAAAUGUCUUUGUAGAAAGGCGCUUUAUGAAAGUAAGUUCAUUUCCCCGUAUUCAUUCACAGCGCACUGACACAUCCAAUAUGGCGGUGGCACUGGCGUACGACUCAGUGCUCAAUGCCGGGUCUACCUAUGCCGAUGGGUAAGUUUUCCAUCAUUACUUUGGUCGGUAUCGGUCAAGUUGUGCCACUAUGUUGACUUUAUUUGUGAAGCGUGAUUCAGCACGUAAAUGUGUUAAGAUUGGAAGCUCUCUAUAGCAGCAUGAGCGGGCAUGUAAACCAAGAAGUCCAGAAGUAAAACGGUAGUGCUGAUCAGCAUCCACUUCCGUAUUAUGCCCCAUGCGGGUUUGGCCGCCAUGAUGGGGAGCAGAAUCCAGAAGCUAUACAUGGAAAAUAUGUCUUUGGCACACUGCUCAGCUAUCAAUUGCUCUAUAGACGCUCCAAAAGCAGUGGCUGAGCUCCACAUUUCAGGUAUCAACGUAUUCCCCCCCAUGUGAGUAAUGGUCUCACCUUGGCCACCUCAAUGAAAAAUGUCUGGCUCCCCCAGUGUUUUUACCAACAUACACUUGUGCAGCCACACCUGCUGGCAUCGGGUAUAUCAUGAGCACCUGUUGUUGGAAAAUGGUGACCUUAUUGUGGGUGCUAACACAAGAAUUAGAGAUGUACUGGAAGUGGCUUAUUGUGAUGAACAGGAAGUAAGCCAUGAUGGUUGUUCGUAUUAAAGGCAGUAGAGAAGUGACGAAUGAAGACCGGUCGUGUUGGUGGUGCUGCUAGAAGAGGAACGUAAAUAAUGUCUGCCUACUGACACUCAUCCACCCCAACAGCUUAGCAAAUAGGAUUAAAGCUCCCAUCUGCUCACCUGAGAUGAAGCCACCCAGCCAGUUCCGUUCCUCCACCACCUCACCAAACGGCGUCUGGACACGUAUGCGGGAAGGUCCACAUGAGCUGAGGACGCGGACUGCGGUGUUGGUUCCAAAUGGCAGGAAAGUGGAUUGGGUUGCGUCUGUGGACGAUAGGAAUGCUGCUGAUGUCCAUCAACGUGAACACAGGUGAGCAGGCAGAGGAUUCUUCUGAGGACCUCCAGCUUCUGUUCAGACAUCACGGGUCUCUGGCUCGCAGAAAAAGAAGCAUUCUGUUCCCCAGCGGGGUGAAACUUUGCAGUCAGGAGACGUUUGACCAAGCAGUCUCCAACCAUCUCAAGUACUUCCACCUCAGAGUGUGUCAGGAGACGGUGUGGGAGGCCUUCAAGAUAUUUUGGGACCAGCUGCCAGAACGCGAUCAGUACCAGGACUGGGUCGGCCGCUGCAUGGACGGCUCCGCUAGCAUCACAGAUAUCGGCGGGUUCUUCAGCCAAUCGGAGGACCACCUGAGCCUCAUAAGAAGUAGAGUUGGCAUGCUGUCGCCCCUGAGCAGUGUUUCCAUCAGCUCAAGCCCACCUCUGUGCAGCUCUGGCGGUACAGCAGGGGGCCACGCCGGAGGACUUGUGAGCAGCACUCAGCCAGGUGAAGAAAGUCCCUCCCCUGCUUGGACAUCCUCUACUCAGGAAAAAGUCCUUGAAGAAUUAACAAAGAUCUCUGUGGAUAUCACCUCUGACCCGACAGUACCUGCUGUGCCAGACAAGUCAGGAGGCUGUGGCUUUAACGCCUCACGUCUCUCUGACGGCACCACCACCGUGGUUAAGCUAAUCUCUAAGCCAACUGUCCCACAAAAGGACAGUUCUGCAGGGGUCACCUCCUUAAACAAGGAUGGUUCUCCAGAGAGCUUUGACGUCGUGACUGGAGAGCCUGAAAGUGCUGUAAGAGAACAGGUGAUCUCCCAAACUCCUGUACUCCCCACGACAGAAGAAGCUAGCCUCAACAUCGAGGAGAGUGAAGUUCUCAUUGCAGAAGCAGCUGUGAUGUCUGCUCAUGGGGGAGUGACCUCUCACCGUGGAACUGAGGAUGUCGUACAGGACCAAAUGGAGGAGACUGAUCAGGCAGAAGCAGCAGUGCAGUCCCUUGAGAUGGAAGCAACAAUAAAGACAGCAGAAGGAUCAGAGGAAGAGACAUCUGUGAAACAUGAUGAAACACCUCUUGAAGAUACAGGAGAAGUGGGGGGAAACUCAGCUGAAGCAACAAUGACACCAGCAGGGGCAGGGGUCAUCAUAGAAACACAAGACGCACAAUUGUCACCUGAUGUGCAGCUUGGAGAUGAAAUCCAGCCAUCAGAAAUAGCGACACCAGAGCUCAAAUCUGUCGACCAUGUUGGUGGCACUGAACCAGAACCAGUACCUGACCCACACAGAACCCAUCUUGACGUGCCAUCUGUCGACAAGGUGCCUGAAGCCGCUUUAGAGGGGAAAAGUGACACAGAAUCCACAUCAGAUGGUUCUGAACCUGAAGUUCCAACAGAAGCACAUCCAGAGUCUGAUGACGACACUCCAGUUUUUGUUGUAGAUGGCUCGGAGGUAUUACUGUCAGGGACUGAAUCGGAGAAAUCUGAAGUCGUGUUGGACCUCGUGGAAGAAUCUGAACUGGAGCUGACCUCGGAAGAAACCACACAGAGUUCAAUGCCAGGAGACGACAAUGCAAGCAGAACAGAAGUAUUUUCACAGCAUGGCCCUGUGGCAUCACCUGAGGAUCAUGACACCCCACUUGAAGAAAGCACUCAGACAACGCCUGCAGGAGUUCUUCCUGACAAAGUCCAGCACAUCUCUACAGAUGUUACAGUAGGAUACGGAAUACUUCCAGAGGCGCCAGUCAGCAUAGUGACCGUUGAUGGCCCGCCUGUGCAAACCACAAGGUAUGUGGUGGAGUACAACAACGGCAACUUCCCAGAUGCUACCAAGAGCCCCCUGAAGGCUGAUGACCACUUGUUGGGUUUCCCCUUUGAGGAACAGGAGAACUCGCUUGGUAACGAAAUCGACAACACCUUCCUGAGGCCUCUGAAAGAGCAGAUGGUGGAGCUGAGCAUGACACUUAGAGAAGAAACCUACAACGAUGCUCUGAGAGACCCGAGCAGCUUCCACUACCAGCAGCUAGUCCGACACUUCACCCGCAGGGUCGGUGAUGUGUUUGAAAAAGUUCCAGGCUUCAAGAAUGUCUUUGUCAUCGAAUUCAGGCCUCAGAAGGACCUGGAGCGGGGUUUGGUGGUCAACGUCCACUAUGCCAUCACUCUGGAGGUGGACAGUGGCGACAUCUCCAAUGAAACGUUGGACUUCAUCACACUGCAGAACAACCUGGUAGAGAAGAGCUACCCCGCCGCCGCCGCUGAGCAGCCAACGGUCGUUUAUACCAUCACGGACUUCCGCAACUACAUUACAGAAGCGCUGCGCAAAGAUAACUUCCUGACCAACAGCAGCCUGGAGAACGGUGAGAAUUUGUUGCCUUCGGGGAAUCCUACUAGCCGACCGGUCGACACCUUUGACAACAUGGAUAAUGUUCUAGCUGCAGAGAGGCCACCGGAUGCACCAAGUCAGGGGAUGGAAAGCAGUGAAGUUUUUCGGAAGAAAGAUGAUCUCCUCUUCGACCCGUGGAAAGGUACCAAGAGUGAAGCGGUGAGCGAAAACGACGUCUUCACGGUUGAUGAGAGUACUUCUUUCCCAACAAGCUUUCUGCCAAGCACAUCAAACUCUGACAGAAGUGUUGACAAAGAGGGCUUUCUAGGGAGUGCUGGAAACAAGCCCUUCCAGGAGGACCAUGACUCCACCAGCGCUUCACCUCCACUCAAAAGCCAGACAAGCCAUAAGUUCACAGCAGAUGAUGGAUCUGGCUCUGGUUUCUCAGGAGAUGGGCAGGAAGUGCAUCUCCAAUCUUGGGAAAUGGCAGCAAGCCUUUAUGGUGAAAGCCAUCUUGAGGUCCUGCCACCACCAGAUCUGGAGGAGGGGGAGGAGGAGGAUGGAGUCCAGGAUGAACAGGAUUCUCUUGUUCAGUUACUAAGCAAUGAAAAGGAUCGUGGCAUGGCUUUCCAGUCUACCCCUGCUACACCUUUACAAACACUUUCCACAUUAGAGGACUACAAGGCAGACGGAAGCAUGGGGGACCCGUUCUUAGAUCAGGUUUUAUUCACACCACACAUCAGCACUGACCCUCACUUCUCCACCACUCAUGCACCUGUAUUUUCACCCAAAGGCACCUUAACCGUUGAGUUGUCUAUGCAGACAGUGGAAGUGUAUGAGGAAUUUCAUUGGACUCAGACACAUCACAAUAUGGCGGCAGCUACGACUGCUCCCCAGUCGCAGACCCGGAAUCAUGAGGAGCCAGUCAUUGAAACUCUGCGACCUGACGACACUACACAAGCACAUCCAGCCGAAGAAUCACACUUUGAUGCCAUCACAGCGCAGUGGCCUCACGAGGAGGAUCUAUUUGACGAACCAAAUUUACCACUUCCAGAAAUCCACCACAAUGAGGUUGAGGUGAUAGAGGAGCAACUCGGGUUUUCUGAGCCAACAAUGCCAAUAGCUGGGACCGUCGAAGAUGACCUGGUUGUGGAUGAAAUCUUUGCGGUUACGACGACCGCCUCUGCUCCUGUCAUCACUUCCUCUUCUCUUGGUUCAGACCCCAACCCCUUUGCCCUCUCUCCUGAGAAAGACUCGCCCUUCACGCGAGUAUCCGAUUCCGCGCCUGAAGAUGAGGACUUGCUUCACCCAGAGCACCCAAAUCACGAUCACGGUCCAUCCAGCACACUGUCUUUCAAAGUCAGCGAAACAAAAAGUUCCUCGUUGGACAAAGAUUCCAGCACAAAAUUACAAGUGUUUCAAGCGCCAGAAAGUACAGAAUCAACCAAAAUCCAGCCCAUGAAAAGUAACUUCUCUGAUGUGCCGGGUAUCGAUGUCAGCCUUGACGUCUUCCAGUACGGAGGAGUAGUGACAGAAGGCGACAGCAGUGGUUUCUCCAGUGGGGUGCAGGGCCCAGAAUUGGAUGCAGUGGCACUGCCAACCAGGCCGGUCCAAGCCCUGACAGUCUUUUUCAGACUCCGAGUGACCAACAUGGCAUUCUCCAUGGACCUCUUUAACAAGAGUUCCCCUGAAUACAAAGCACUCGAGCAACGAUUUCUACAACUGCUCGUGCCACACCUGCAGUCCAACCUAAACAACUUCCAGAACCUGGAGAUCCUCAACUUCAGAAAUGGCAGUAUUGUGGUCAACAGCCGUAUGAGGUUUGACAAACCGGUUUCCAGAGGCGUUGCCAACGUUGUCUUCCUCAUCCUUGAGGACUUUGCCAACACGGCCUAUCAGACCAUGAACCUCGCCAUCGACAAGUACUCCCUUGAUGUGGAAUCCGGUGACAAGGCAGACCCCUGUAAGUUCCAGGCGUGCAACGCCUUCUCACAAUGUAUGGUCAACGGCUGGUCCGGCGAGGCCGAGUGUGUGUGCGACGCCGGAUACCUGAGCGUGGACGGUCUGCCGUGCCAGAGCGUCUGUGACGUGCAAGAAGACUUCUGCCUCAACGACGGCAAAUGUGACGUCAUCGCUGGCAAAGGCGCCAUUUGCAGAUGUCGUGUAGGUGAGAACUGGUGGUAUCGUGGUGAGCACUGCGAAGAGUACGUCUCUGAGCCACUGGUGGUUGGCAUCGCCAUCGCCUCAGUGGCGGGUUUCCUGGUUGUGGCGGCCGGCAUCAUCUUUUUCCUGGCCAGGACUCUUCGAGAGCAGUAUGACAGCGAGGACACGGAGGAUCCGCUGAGACGAGGCGACAGCAUGGCGACGCUGGAACGCGCAACCAAAUUCAACCCCAUGUUUGAGAGCGACCCGGUCACCACCCAGUAUUACCGGCGCUAUGACGACAACCUCCCCCAGUACAGCAGCCCCACCGCCUCCUCGCACCAGCUCGGCAGCGACGAGGAGAUCCAGGAGCGACUGAGGAUCAUCGAGCUUUGCAGCAGGGAUCAACAUUUUGCUGACUUUGUGCGACAGACGCAAGUAUAUUUGGAACGGCGAGGCAGCUCCACCACAUAACCCCCAUCCAACCUGAGCCGCCUUCGCUUGAUGUGAAAGAGCUGAUUGGACAGGAAGACACCUUGCUCACUCCCUGCUUUUUAUGUCCACACUAGCAAGGACAUUUUCAAAAGGCAUAAGCUUCCAUGUCGGUGUUCCUUUGGGCUUUUUGUCCUUCCAGGAUUCCAGAGUGAAAGUGCUGCUUUGUGUCAGGAUACGUUUUUUUCACUUGAACACAACACCAGCGAUUGAGUUCUUUCCGAGUCAGCUGUGCUUGCUUUUUCAGCCUUCUGAUUGGACAAAAUUAACAUGACAGCCGGAGAACGGACAGGCAUUUUUUUUCAUGAAACGUGCCUUUUUGAAAACAUCCAUGUUGGUGUGGACAUGACCUCAAGCUACAGGAGGUCCUCAGUCUCCAGCCUUGCAACUUGAGUUUGUACCCACAUGACGGCUUAAUGAGCUCCUAAGUCACGCAGCACAUGGGCGUCACACGUGGAGGACGUAUGGAAUACGCUCAUCCAAAGGUGAAAUGAAACAACCAUCAUAAAACAAAACAACUUGUUGCAAGAGAGAGAGAGAAGGCUUAUGAGGAGGUGGUGUCAAUCAUGACAGCACUACACUGUUUAGUUAUCACUGUCCAUUUCAUAGGAGCUCAUCCUUCACACAUCCAACCACACCAUCGCUAUCUUUCAUGACGCUCGCAGCAUAGCAGCUUUGAGCAGGCAAGCGACCAAUGUUCAUUCCUCCACCCGCUCAGCGUUUUACCAUGUCCCAUUUCACUUUUCCUUUCUUUGACACACUACCAUCACAAGAGUCUGCCUCAUGCUUUUGGGAGACUUCGUGAUGGGACAACAGUCAACUACAAAGAACAAAAGUGACAUUGGCCUCUCUCACCACUUUGCAUUCUUCCGCCUACGCAUUCCUCUGCCGUGUGCACGUGACUUGUUGUCUUUUUGCUUUUGUCAUUGUAAUGAUCGCCAUGUUAAGAAUUUAUGGGAGAGUGUUGUACCCAUGAAAUGUUGUAAAACAAAACCACAUGACGUGAAACAUCGUCACACCAGGACCUCCUGUAUUCUCAUUCUGCCCUGCCGGUUCUUGUUUUGGAAUGUGUUGGCCUCAUCGUCCACGUCCACGUCCACGUCCAUGUCCAUGUCACUGUCCAUGCUUGUCAAGGCAGCUUGUGAUGAGCAAGAAGCGUGUUGAUUGUAUGUUCUUUUGUCUUUUCCUGUCUUAGUUUCGGCCAGAAUGAUGCCUCCUCAGUGCCUUUGUUGCUCUGUUAGCAUUUGCCGCUCUGUUAGCGUUUGAUGCUCUGUUAGCAUUUUUCACUCUUGUUAGCAUUAGCCACUCUGUUAGCAUUAGCCGCUCUGUUAGCAUUUGCCGCUCUGUUAGCGUUUGAUGCUCUGUUAGCAUUAGCCACUCUGUAGCCGCUCUGUUAGCAUUUGCCGCUCUGUUAGCAUUUGUCACUCUGUUAGCGUUUUGUGGCUACGUCAGCUUUUUUGGCUGUGUUGGCAAUAAUAUUGCAAGUGGGAUCAGUUAAGGUGUUCCUCUCGUCUCGGUCCGGCCAGCUGCUUGCAGCAUGCACGUUUACAUCAGUCGUACAUGUAUAGUGUUUUUAUAUUUCUGUAUUGUCGUGCUGUGCUGUGCUGUGCUGUGCUGUGCUGUGCUGUGCUGUGCGUCAUUUGUCCUUGUUGGAAUCUUUGAGCUUCUCCUUCCUGUGUAGCGGUCGAGUUGCUUUGUCAAACAAAGAUGGCCACACCAGUUCAUCUUCAAUAAAAGAAGCUGACACAUGGUAGAGUGUGUACACUAUCAAGUAGAAGAACCCAUCUUCCUUUGUGUUCUUAUUCUUUUCUAGCCAAUGUCUCCUUCAAUAUCACUUUGUUCCUUUUACAAACACAGGAGGUCCUCCGUGGCGUUUUAAGUUGACUCUGAGUGAAAGUAGGAAUAAAAAGAUGACAUACAAGAAAGCGUCAUAAAAAACACUUAUACUUGUGCUUGUCUUGCACACUGGAAGGGGCGUUGCAAGGGAGGGAGAGACUUACUUAUUGGGAUGAGGAAGUGUCAAUCAUGACAGCACUACACUGUUUAGUUAUCACUGUCCAUUUCAUAGGAGCUCAUCCUUCACACGUUCCAACAUGAUCUGAGCUGCCUCACAGUGGGAGACAUCAUGAAGGGAAAAAAGGUCAAGUUGUGCACCUACACGUUGUUCUUCCAUGAUCUUCCACCCAUGUAUUGUUGGAGUGUGCAUUCCUCCUCCCAGGUCUUCUUACAACUGCAUGUUCCUUGUUGUCUCUUUCCUUUUCUACAGUACGAAUAAUCGACAGGAGGGCGUGCACAUGCAACAAACAUGGUAACACCAGGAAGUCCUGUAUGACUGAUGGGUUGUUGCGUGCACACGGGGAGGGGGGGGUGGAUCAUCAAUGUAGUUAAUCAUAGUAAUAAUAAUGGGUGGUUUGGUGACGCUGCUAACAGCACACGAAGGUCCAUUUGGGCAACAGCAGUGUAGAUUGUGUAAGUAACAUUUACAAUUGUUUUCGGGGCUCACGAGUAUUUGGACAACGUGACAAAGGCUACGCCCACAUGAAAAUGGAUAUUUUAGAAAGCCAUACUUUUCUAUUUUUCUUUUCGAACUCUGCUUUUUGUCCUGGAAAAACCAGCCAGCAAUGACUUGAGUGUUUGUGUGUGAGACAUCGUUUUAUGUUGAAAGCUUAUUUCUCAUCAGCACAAACGUAUUCACUUAGACUGUGUGCGUGUGUGGAGACCACAGACGUGACAGACGUCCUUUCUGGUGAUGCUUUGCCAGACCUUCAUGAUAAGACCUUCACUUGCUGCUUGUUUGUGGCAAUUCCUGUUUUCACGUGAUGACGUCAGUAAUCAUUCUUGACUGGAAU